AUGGCGUCGCCGACUCUCCCCCACGUCGGGCGCAAGCCCGCCACCGUCCUUUCCGCCACCGAGCUCAUCGGCAACACGCCCCUCGUGCGCCUCAACAAGGUGCCGCAGUCGCUGGGCAUCGAGUGCGACGUCUACGCCAAGACGGAGCUCUUCAAUGCCGGCGGCAGCGUGAAGGACCGCAUCGCCCUGCGCAUGAUUGAGGAGGCCGAGCGCAGCGGCAGGAUAAAGCCCGGCGACACCCUCAUCGAGCCCACCAGCGGCAACACCGGCAUCGGCCUCGCCCUCGUCGGCGCCAUCAAGGGCUACAAGACCAUCAUCACCAUGCCCGAGAAGAUGUCGGCCGAAAAGGUCUCGGUCCUGCGCGCCCUCGGCGCCACCAUCAUCCGCACGCCCACCCAGGCCGCCUGGGACGCCCCCGAGUCGCACAUUGGCGUCGCCCGCCGCCUCGAGAAGGAGAUGCCCAACGCCCACAUCCUCGACCAGUACAGCAACGUCGACAACCCCCGCGCCCACGAGCUCGGCACCGCCGAGGAGAUCUGGGAGCAGACGGGCGGCCGCGUCGACGCCGUCGUCGCCGGCGCCGGCACCGGCGGCACCAUCACCGGCCUCGCCAAGGGCCUCCGCAAGCACAGCAAGGACGUCAAGGUCAUCGCCGCCGACCCCCACGGCAGCAUCCUCGCCCUGCCCGAGUCGCUCAACCAGGAGCACCUCAACGAGGGCUACAAGGUCGAGGGCAUCGGCUACGAUUUCAUCCCCGACGUCCUCGACCGCGAGCUCGUCGACAAGUGGUACAAGACGGACGACCAGGAGUCCUUCUACCUCGCUAGGCGCCUAAUCUCCGAGGAGGGCCUCCUCGUCGGCGGCAGCUCCGGCUCCGCCAUGGCCGCCAUGCUGCGCGCCGUCAAGGACUACGGCUUCAAGAAGGGCGACGUCGUCGUCGUCGUCCUGCCCGACAGCAUCCGCAGCUACCUUUCCAAGUUUGCCGACGACGACUGGCUCGCCGCCAACGGCCUGCUGCCCGUCAACGGCGUCGAGGCCGCCCACAGCGACGCCCCCGCCGGCUCCAGCGACCCCUACGACGGCGCCACCGUCGGCUCCCUGCGCCUCAAGCCCGUUACCUCGGUCGCCGCCACCGCCAGCUGCUCCGAGGCCAUCGAGACGAUGCGCGACAAGGGCUUCGACCAGCUGCCCGUGCUGUCGUCGUCGUCGCGCCUCGUCGGCCUCGUCACCCUCGGCAACCUGCUGAGCUACAUCUCGCGCGGCCGCGCCACCGGCCAGAGCCCCGUCAAGGACGUCAUGUUCAACUUUAGCCGCCUCGACGAGAUCGUCACGGACCCGCGCAAGAGCGCCACCGGCCAGGCUCCCGCGGGGGCUGCCAAGAGGAAGUUUGUCGAGAUCACCGUCGACACGCCGCUGUCGGCGCUGAGCAACUUUUUCGAGUGGAACAGCGCCGCUGUGGUGACGGAGAAGAGCGGCGACGCCAAGUCGCUGUCCAAGCCCAUUGCCGUCGUGACCAAGGUCGACCUGCUCACCUGGAUGGUCAACAGGAAGCAGUAG